UUCUUCCAUGUGUCGUUUACAAAAAGAUCUUCACCUUUACCGGUAUGUCCAACACUGUCAAAACAAUCCGUUGAUUUUAUUCAUCCAAGUUGUUCUUAAUUCAGGUCCAAUUGAACCAUCAACUCUCCCUGGAGGCUUACCUCCCUUUAUUUGAUAAAAAGAGCCAUAGAUGAAUAGUUGUUUUGGUCAUAAACUUCCAAUAAAGGGGUGAGAGUUACUUUGUAAAGCAGCAAGAUUUUUUGAUCUGUUUGCGAGGAUUAUAAACUACCAGAUUUUUAGUCGGUAUGAGUUACUUGCUAUCCACCUUUCUAGUUCUUGUUGUCAAUUAGUCAUAAAAUUGUUCAGAUUGUGCAAACAAUGGAAGUGGCCUCUUGUUGACACAAAAGUCAAUCGGUCAUACGGAGGUGGGUUCGCAUCUUAUUGAACCUUGGACAUCGUUGCACGAUACAAAAUAAAGCUUAUGAAUAAAUUCCUAAAAGCUUACAUUGUAAAAUUAUCACUGUGAUAUUUUGCUUCUACAUUUGGAUCUAUCUAAAUUUACAGGUAGUUUACUGAAUUAGGCAGGCAGUAGUUGCAAAUAUUGACAGAUAAUAUGCUUUUUUUUUCUUGUUAAGGAUUACCUACCCCUUGAAAAUGUUGAUGUUUACCUUUCAUUCUAUAUGUAUACAUGCUCACAUUCAUAUGCAUAAAACUCGAUCUUGAGGUCGAGAUUUUGAAGAGAUGAGUGGAUUAGUCUUACUAAGCUGAAUUGAUGGUUAUACUAGUUUUUGUUUUUGUCUGUAUUGUAAAGAAAAUGUUCCCAUCCUUAAACCUGUGUGUAGAACGAUGUUGUUCGAUUGAUGUCUUUACUCGCCACAAAGAACCUUUGGAAAAGAUCCUCGUAGCCGAGACAACUCGUCGGGACCCUUAGAGGUUAUUGUUGCUGUGGUAGUAAUGUUGGGGAACACAAUAGGUAUGAUGCUUUUUUGCAGUUGCUGUGAUAAGUGUUGACUUCAUAGGUACUCCUCCAUCUUCGUCUUUCAGGGUUUUCUCAUUUCCAAAGGGAAAUUUGGUUUGUGAUGUCUCUGCAAGACUUGUUUAUAUGUGGGCCGUGUGAAUAGGAGGAUCUCAAGGAGCAAAGAAGAAGAUGUCCGUGCCUCGGAUAUUGUUCGAUGGAACAGAGUAAGGUGGUGGGAUGGUGUACGCUUUGUGUUGUGAUGCAGUGAGUCAGAGUUUGAGAUAUUCGUGUACAGACCCCUAAAUUUUGCCGCUCCGCAUGCUUAGUUCUUAAGGCUUCUCGCUGUCGGAGUCUUCUUGCUUUCUCGAUUCCAUCAUCUUCGCGCUCUAUAUGCUCAGAGAGAGAGAGAGAGAGAGAGAGAGAGAGAGAGAGAGAUCACAAGGGGCUUUUGGUCCCGUUACAUGACGGUCGAUACACGGUCAACUAACCGCCGUUAAACUCUUUGCACAAAAUGGCGAUUUGGAAGUUAUGGCAAGGAUGUAUUUGCAAAUAUGAAACAGAAUAGGGGGUUAUGUACGCAUAAAGAUGGGUUUGGAGGAGUAUAUAUGCAAUUUCGCUGGUGUGAUAGGAAGGAAACUGAAGGCGCUAAAGGAAGAGGAGGAGGCACGUUCCACCAAACGAUCUUCCCAGUCGCUCGCCCAUCUCGCAACCCCCUCUGAUUCGAUUCGAGUCGCCGACGAUCGCGUCUCCAUGUGGGUGGUGAUCCUCUGCGGACUGAUCCUGUUCAAGAUCCUCCGCCGAAUCUUCCACCGCGCCGAUGCCUUCCCGGACAUCGACAGCUCCGAUUCUGACGCUAGCUUCGCCGUCGCCGCCAGAUUGGAGAAGCUCUACGGCAGCAAGGCGUUCGUCGGGCUUCGGAUUCCCGACGCCGAUGCCGGUGUUCGACAGCACAUAGAUGUCGUUCUUGUUACGAAGAGGGAAGUCAUGGUGGUGGCAGUUCGGAACUUCUCUGGUUUUGUGGAGAUUGGUGACAAUGAGAACUGGGUCUGUACCAGUGACAAGAAGCACAGGCCUCAGUCCCAUCCGGAUCCGGUCCUUGAAGUUAGCAAACAAGUAGCAGUUAUUGAAUCAUACUUGGAACAAAGAGGGGUCCCUUUGCCCAAGGGACAUGUAAUUGGCCAAGUCAUACUUCCACAUCCAAAUUGCAGGCCCGCCUAUUCUAUUUCUUCCCAACUAGAGGUGGUUUCUUUUGAUAAAUGGAGAGAGCUCAAGCCAAAACCACGAAGUGGAUUGUCCAAUUGGAUCAAGGGAGCAGUUGGCAAGAGCGACAUGCAAGAUGGAUUCUGUGAGAAACUUCAUUUUAUCCUGAGUACAUCACCAAUGUGGGAUCGCUUAGAACUUCGAGGUGACAGAAAUAUUCUUGGUGAGUUCGUCGAGUUUAAGGGAAACAAAAAUGACAUGCAAGCUUUGAGAAAUGUGAAGAGGUCAAAAGUUGGUCGAUUCAUCGUCCAAAAGCCAUCUAUGUUGGGUUUAGGUAGAUCGAGGCUCCAGGUUCUAUAUUUCCCCCGUGAUUAUCGAGGCGAAGGUGCUUCUUCUUUGGAAUGCAAGGAAAUUGCGGUCAAGCCAAGUACAGAGGUCAUUUUCCAGCAGAUGAACUCCAAGAAAGCCAAGAAAUUUAAGCUUUCAAGCAUUGUGUCUGUGACUCUUAGUGGGUAGGCAGCAGGCCUAUGACAUGCUUACUUGCGAGAACUCUGUUAUUGGUCGUGUAUAUGUAACCAACAUCUAUAGUUGCUUCACCCUUGUUUUCAGAAACGAAGUACAAUCUAUAUAUCGACAUGCAAUCCUUUUCCAUUUUCCUUUCUGAUAGAACAUUGUGAUAAAAUGAGAGAACGUUUUCCAGCAAGUUUGUUCUUA